AUGGACCGAGUUCUCGACGGACUAAAGUGGACAGAGUGUCUUGUGCAUAUGGAUGAUAUCCUCGUUUUCGGAAAUUCGCUGGAACAACACAAUGAUCGACUUCACCGCGUCCUACAAGCAAUCGAAAACGCCGGCCUAACUCUUAACGUGCGCAAGUGUGUAUUCGGUGCACCAAGUGUGUCCUAUCUAGGUCAUCGAAUUGACAGUCGAGGAAUUUCGCCUGAUCAAACGAAAGUUGAAGACGUACGGCUUUUCUCUAGGCCAGAUACGCUCACAAAAUUAAGGGCCUUCUUGGGAAUGGCCUCGUUUUAUCGUCGUUUCAUCCCUAAUUUUGCAUCGAUCGCUCGUCCUCUCCAUAUGUUACUGAAAAAAGGUGCUGAUGUAACGAGAGAUUGGACUCAAAGUCAUGAAGUGGCGAUGUUGGAACUAAAGGCGAAGUUGACUACUGCCCCUGUGCUUGUAAGUGACGACGGCAUUUCAGGAGUCGAGCUUUUUACAGAUGCCAGCAUUAAGGGAAUCGGUUCAAUCUUGAUGUUGAAAGGAGAGAAUGGUCUCCAACCAGUAACGUUUAUUAGUCGAAGACUCACGCCAGCCGAGGAAAAAUAUCACAUCAAUGAACUGGAAUGUCUGGCCCUCGUCUGGUCUCUAAACAAGUAA